CUACUCGGCCUGCGAUACACACUCCAGCCAUUCAAACCAAAUUCCGGAUCCCAGAAAGCACUGCCAAAGACAUCAUCAUGGCUUCAACCAGGAUCUCAGCCGCGGCAGGCGCUGCUCUGACCGUUGCAAAGGCGAAUCCUGUGCUCACCACAGUCGGCGUCGGCGGCCUCGCAGUCGCUGCAGCACCUGCUCUAGCUGUCGUUCCCGUCGCCGGCGCACUGCAAUGCGUUGGCUUCGGGACUGGAGGCGUCGCUGCCUCCUCCUUCGCGGCCACAACUCAAGGGCUAAUCGGCAAUGUCGUCGCAAAGAGUCUCUUCGCCACCGCGACCAGUGCGGGUGCCGGUGGAUACGGCGUCGCCGCCGUUGCCAGUGCAGCGCAAGCUGCGGGUGGUGUGGUCGCUGCGGCGGCUGGUGCGACAGCUGUCUGGUUGAGAAGAAGGGGCUGAACCGACGACGCUCUAGAGACCAUUGUCCAAACAACAUGGGCAAACUCGGGGGUUUAAAGGGGUUCUCUGUCGCUUCGCAGCAUGAACGACUCGGUUGAGCUCA